AUGAGUGUGACCACAAAUGUCCGGCUCAUGUCGUCGGUGCCCUCCGCGGGCGGCACACCGUCGGAGGCAUCGGUCGGUGCGGACAGUGAACCGGUGACGAGUGCCAGUCCCGACUGGGAUAGGGCUAUGAGCGACGCCGAGAAGAUUGUGGGCUAUUCCACAUCCUAUUUCAGCUUAAGGUGUCUUCUCAGCGACGAGAUAUCCAACGUUGCGCUUCAUCUCCGAAAACUGGUCGGAACUAAUCAUCCGCUUCUGGAGACCGCUAAGCGUUUGACAUACACUGGACACAGCAAUAUGCAGACCCGGGGCCUAAUUGUGCUGCUCAUGUCUAAAGCGGCCGGACAUCCGACCACUUCCAUCGAUUUCAUUGACGCCCAACAGUCGGCCGGCAUUUCUCAGCGCCAGAGAUCGUUGGCGGAGAUGACGGAAAUGAUAUACUCGGCUCAUCUGAUCCACAGAGGGAUACUUAAUCUUCAGCCAAGCCUUCUGUUGCAGUCGAAGAAGGCUAUGGAUCUGCACUUUGGCAACAAGAUGUCUGUCCUGUCGGGCGAUUUCCUAUUGGCCAGCGUAUGGAAAGGGUUGGGCGAACUCCGGGACACGAAAGUGGUUGAGCUGAUGGCCACAGCCAUCGGUGACUUUAUGGAGGGGCAGUUUAUCAUCGAAACUGAAUCCACUUUUCCCACAACAAACGCCGGCAAAGAUUUCUGGGAAGAGAGAAACUUCUUGCGCGUCGGCAGUCUUCAGGCCAACAGCUGUCAGUCGGCGCUACAGCUCUCCGGACACGACGACAGACUUCAGGUGAACGCCUAUGACUUCGGCCGGAAUAUAGCGCUCGGUUGGCAGGCGUUCACCGAAUUGCAGCCAUUCAUCGACUCAUAUAUGCAUCCGUUAAACACCGCCCCGACGUUUGACUUGCGGUCGGCGCCCGUUGUUCUUCACAUCGAAAAUAAUGGCCAAUCCUUGGAUGAGAUAGUGUUGAGCGGCGGUGAGGGUGAGGGCGAGGCCGGUGUCGCUGACAACUCACCGCAGUAUGACUUUAAUAAAUUGCAUUCAUUGGUAAGAAACGGACCGGCGAUCGACAAAACCCGACAACUGAUCCGCGAGUACACCGACAAAGCCCUGCAAGCGUUGGAAGGCUUUCCCAAAUCGGACGCCACUAACGCCUUGUCUAAUAUCGUGUUUGCCAUAAGAGAGCAAUAG